CAAUAGCUGUGACGUCAUCACCAAGCAACAAACAUGGCGGCGCUCAUCAGCAGCGUGAGUCGGGAGCUCGUGCUUUUUACUGAAUGGAGGUCAUUAUUAUUGAGAAGCUGUAACAGUGUAGUUAUAAACUCGAGGAGAUUUAUCCGAGGUCUCAGGCGCAGACCGGUAGCGGUGCUUUAUCCCGGUGAUGAACGUGAGACUCUCAUUAAAGCACCUGACCAAAGCAAGCAACACAAACAUGACCCUGAGACACUGAAGAAACAUCCGAAUAAGACAGAUGGACGGACGUCUAAAGAGAAAACAUCCUCGGACACCCUCAGGCAAACUGGGUUAAAGAGGUCUAGUGGAAAUCUGCCUGGAGUGGCAGUUGAGAGUUGUGGUGUGAGGGAGCAGCUGGACGGCCUGCGGUUCGACAGAGCUCUUCCUGGAGACAAGAGACUUGCGAAGAUGGCGAGCAUUGCCCGCUCCAGAGCAUUUAGAGAGAAGGAGGGCAAAGUGUUGCUGGAGGGAAAGCGUCUGAUCUGCGACGCCAUGGCUGCCGGAGCGUCUCCUCAGGUGCUGUUCUUCAGCAGAGUGGAGAACCUGCGAGAGCUUCCUCUGGACAAACUGCGCCAGGCGUCUCUGGUAAAGGUCAAGUUUGAGGACAUCAGAAUCUGGUCUGAUCUGGUCACUCCACAGGGGGUUAUCGCUAUAUUCUCGAAGCCAGAUGAAUCUCGGCUCACGUUCCCCAAAGAUCUUCGUCUCCAGUCCGUCCCCUUGUUCCUGAUCUGUGAUAACAUGCGAGACCCGGGGAGCCUGGGUACCGUCCUGCGCUGUGCCGCUGCAGCCGGCUGCGAUCGUGUCCUCCUCACUCAAGGCUGCGUGGAUCCAUGGGAGCCGAAGGUCCUGCGUGCCGCAAUGGGAGCCCAUUUCCGUCUGCCCAUAUUCUCUGGUUUGAACUGGGACUCCGUUUCAGAGCAUUUACCGACGCCAGUGACCGUCCAUGUUGCAGAUGAUGCAAGCAGGAACACGAGGAGCUCUGACACGGAGGUGCAGACGCCGGGAAAGAUUUGCAAUAAUGCUGUUUUGGAGCAGUACACUGAAUCGGACUCGGAUGAGUCUGAUGAUGAACCGUCUCUUCUGUGCAUGGAGCAGAAGGUGUAUCAUGAGAACUGGGCACAGAGAAACACCGCUCUAGUGAUUAGUGGUGAGACGCACGGACUGAGUGCAGAGGCCCUCCAGCUGGCUGAGGAAACAGACGGUUAUAAACUCUUUGUUCCUAUGGCUCCAGGAGUCGAGGGUCUGAAUUCAGCCAUGAUGGCUAGUAUCCUGCUAUUUGAAGGGCGGAGACAGUUGAUGAAAUUUGUCCAGAAAGCAAGAAGAGCAAAAUCCAUCAUCCACUGAUCAGUAAUUCUUUAAUACAGUCUUUAAUGUUAAACAGGUCCGGACAUUGGAAUUAAAAGUUCUGUUUGACAUUUCUCUGAUUUUUUUUUCUUUUUUUUUUUUCUUCCCCCAUGUUCUUUUCUUCAGUAAGCCCUUGCGAGUCCUGAGCCUGAACUCUGGGUACACCCUGGACAGCAUGCGCACACACAUUCGCAUACUCAUUCAGACCUAGGGAGCUUUCACACUGGCAGUUUAGUCUGAAACCGAACCCGGUUUGCAUGAAAAAUCCGUAACGUGAAAGCCAUCGUACGGAUCGGGAAGAGCACCGCGGUACCGGACCCGAGACUACGUGUAGGAGGUGUUCUGAGAACUGAGCCGUGAUUCCCGUGAACGUGAACUCGUACUCGGGUCUGCACUUGUUCAGGAAGUAACCCGAGUGUGUGUUUCUAGCCGAUGACAUCAUCAUUAGUUUCCACAACACACGUGUCCCAUGAGUGGCAGGAGAACGUCGUGGGACACGAGCUCCACUACUGCGCAUAAUAGCACCAAAAUAAAAAUUGUUAAAAAAACAAUAUGAUGAUUGGUGUUGCGUUUUCCACGUGCGUUUGUGAUGACGUAAGGUGAACGCAAAUGCAAAUGGGUUCGACAGAAUCGAGCGAACACUGCAGGCCGCCAGGAACAAUCGCACUCUGGUUCAGACCGUAGCGAACAUGCCCAGUGUGAAAACCACCAAUCCACUACUGGACACCGGGAGAACAUGCAAAACUUCACAGUAAGACAAUAGCAUUCGAUCCUCAGUAAGAGCAAAGCAGAUCGAACUUUUCAAGUCAUUAAGGCUUCGGGCUGCUGAUCAGAAGGUAAAAUCCCAGCAGCACCCAGGUGUGGGGUCCUUGAGCAAGAUCGCUCAACCGCUCAUUUGUAUUCUGUCUCAAUGAGAGGACGCUUUCGGUGUCUGCCAAAUAAGCACAGGUAAACUCUCGCUCAUGUUCAGUAAGCACUUUAUCCUGGUUUAUCCACAGUGGAUCAGGAGCCUAUCCUGGAAACCCCGGGCAUGAGACACGCACGCACACACACUCCUUCACAACUUGGGGCAAUUUGCAUAGCCGAUCCACCAACAGGCAUCUUUUUUGAGGUGUGAGGAAACCCAUACAUAUAUAAGAUAAUGAGUUUUUAUUGAUCACAUAUACAUUACAGCACAGUGAAAUUCUUUUCUUCACAUAUCCCAGCAUGUUAGGAAGCUGGGGUCAGAGCGCAGGGUCAGCCAUGAUACAGCGCCCCCUGGAGCAGAGAGCGUUAAAGGCCUUGAUCAAGGGCCCAACAGUGGCAGCUUAGCAGUGCUGGGGCUUGAACCCCCGACCUUCCGAUCAGUAACCCAGAGCCUAAACUGCUAAACUACCACUUGGGGAAAAAUUAUUGGGAGAACCUUUUGAGUUUUCAGAGUUCUGUGCCACCCCUAUGUUUUAUACACCUUUAAACAAUAUUAUAAUGAAUGAAUGAAUAAUGUAUCGGAAGGUUCAAACCUCCAGCACCUACAAGCUGCCGCUGUUGGGCCCUUGAGCAAGGCACUUAACCCUCACAUGCUCAGUUGUAUAAAUGAGAUCAAUGUAAGUCACUCCGGAUAAGAGCGUCUACCAAAUGCUGUAAAUGGAUAACAUUUUGAACAUUAACUCCUUGAUGCCAAAAGUCAGAGAGAAACUUAUUAUUCCUGGGUCUCUCUCUCUCUCUCUCGGAAAGUAUGGUCUUUCAUGACCAUUAUAAGUGUAGCGUAUCAUCACUGUGGUGGGGGAAAAAUAUAUAAAGAAGAGUGCCAUAAAUUUUGUUCCUGAAAUUGAGGAUCGCAUUUAAUACGAGACGAGACACAGGACAGAGACAGUCAGUUUUAAUGGCCAGGGCUCAGCAGAAAACAUAAUGAAGGAGAGACAGAAGCUGGACACUAAUAAAUUCCUACAUUUAGUGUGGAAACUUGCUAAAAGCUAUUCUGUGCCUUCAAAAUUGGACUGUUUCAUAUUAAACUGGACCUUCACAGAAAAUCCACUGACUGAAAUGGGAAAAAAUGUGCGGAAACAAUUGCGGAAAAAUGAUUUUUCUGGAUCACGGACUGCAUAAAACCACUUAAAGAAAAGAACAGACUUUGUGAACUUUACAGAAAUAUCAGGUUGUCCAUGAAAGUGUAUAAUCAGCACCCAUAAGGACAGAAGUGCAGCCUGGUCCUGAAAGG